AUGGCAGGCGCGUUCCGACCGGUGAACUCGUCGCUGUUGGGCGAGUCCAUCAAGGAGGAGCCCAUGACGACAUCCUCUUCCUCAUCCGUCACGCCCCGGCCGAGUGCAGCAUCGCAACAUCCAUCGCAACCACAACAGUCUCGUACUCUGCCCGAUGAUUCGAAGACGCCCACUCGAUCGACAUUCAGCUCUGCUGUUUCCGAUCAAAAACCACUGCCCAACGCCCCGUUCCCUCCCACCGGACAGGCCUCCGAACCAGCAGAUGGUAUGCCACGCCGUGAAAAUUCGCAACAUUCUACCAAGUCAUCCAGAAGAGAUUCUAUGGAUGUAGAUAUGGAUGAUUCUGACGGGGAGACUGGCGCCGGUGGCGAUGACGGUACAAUUUCCGAUGGGGACAGUCAUGCUCAGACUGUUCAUGUAAACGAGGAUAUUCCAACGGAUUCACUCGCUGCGACGGGGUCGCGGUUUCAGCGGCAAAUGCGAACUACAGACAGAGUACGGCAAGCAGGCAACAGAGCCAGGGCAUCAACGGGUGGCAGCGCGGGCGGGCCUGUUCGCGGUCAUUCCAAGAGUCUGUCAACGUCCAGCAUUGCCAGCAUUAGCUCUGUUGGCUCGGGCUACGGCCCUCAGAUGGAUGUGAGGAGGCGACCACCACCCCUGGUCAUGGCCGCGGAUCCUCGGUCUCGGAUGUCGCUCGAAUCGUACCGAAGCAACGCAGACAGCACGUUUUCAUAUCGGCCUCCUUCCCCUGGCGAUUUCAGCACCCCGACGUCUGCUACCUUCUCAACGGCACAGAGCAGCCCGCGGUGGAUGUCAGGAAUGGCCUCGCCUACGUCAUCCCACUCACGGUCCCAAAGCAUGUACAGUUCAGGAAACCGAACGCCAGGCCGACGACUCAGUGUGCCAUCCAGCGCAAAUCCCUUCCAAUCAGCUCCCGGACGUGCCUUAUUCAGUGCUGGCCACCUGAACAGCUCACACCCAUCCGCCUUCUCGCCCGCGGGUUCCAGCUUGGUUACGUCUCCAACGUCGUCUACGUCUGGGUGGUCCACUCGGCGAGACUCUGUCUCAAGCAAUGGCGACGACGCGUGGAGGAGACGCACAUGGCACCCAGACAGCCGAACUCAGUCGAACCAACUAGCCGGACAGCAGCAGCAGCCGCCGCAGCAACAUGGUCCUUCAGCCAUGGCCAUUGACUCUGAGACGGCAUAUCGACGAUCUUUCCAGCCUGGCGUGGGUGAAGCGGUUCAGCUUGACGAACGCCGUAAUUUGAACAUGUAUGAUGCCAGCCUGCAACGUGGAUUAAACCGUCUAGAUAUUAGCCACAAGACGCCCCCUCGUGAUAGCGCCGGAAGUUGGGCCUCCGAGGCCAACAGGGCUGUUCAGGCCCAAGCUGAGCGCGUUCAGAUGCAAACCAAUCAACCAAGCGUUCGAUUUCAGGAUCAGGUACCUCCUUCCCGACAGUUUCCAGCUUCUGUGCAUAGUGGUCGAUCUCUUCACCAGCACACCAUGUCGGCGCCGUCAAUUGCAACGCCACGAGAGAAUAAAAGACACGGUUGGUACCACGGACCUGCGCCGUCGCAGGCACCCGGUGAGCAUGUUAUGCAGGAUGCCCGCGGCGCCCAUGUUGAUCGCAUGGUUCACCCAAACUUCACCGGUUUUAGCGGCUUUCCGGGCAGAGAACAGCCGGCUCAGACGCAACAACAGGACGGAAAAGCAAAUCCCGACUCGCUCAGGCGCUUGGAGGCGCUUGUGGCCGUCGCGACAAGCGAGGGAACGACAGCGACAGCCUACUAG